AUGUGUACCAGUGAGUCUCCCCCUCAGCCACCGGUAACUGUGAGGGUUUAUCUAAUUGAUUUUUUUUUUCUUUUCUCUUUUCAGAAAGACAUACCAGUGUUUGUUAAUCGGCUUAAUUCCUUGGAAACUAUUAUUACAUUUGAGUAUGAUAGGUUUGACCUCUGUCAGGACACCAGCCCGGACCACUCUCCAGAGGAGAACCUUGGACAGGUCGUGUUUGGAGAGAGAAUCAAGAAAUCUCCCACUAUGCUGGAGUUUCAGAAGGACGUGAAAUGCAGCCCUGUUUGUACCAAAUCAUAUGGGGCAGACAAAAAGGAGGACCUGGAUAAACUGAACUUCAUGACGAAAAGUAUUGGCCUGAACUACAAUCAGCACUGGAUCAUAGACGACAUGCCGGUGACGUGGUGUUACAUAGUGGAGGAUGGAAGCACGUACUGCUCACGAGGCUUCCCUCUUGGCUGCUUUGUCAACAGCAAGGGAAAGCAAAAGGACAGCUGCAUAAUGAGCCCCAAGUUUGCAGAAAAAGACACCAGCUAUUUCUUCAACCAUGUGGACCUCGUGAUCAGAUACUACCCUGGGACUGGUGAGGACUGGGGCAAGACCAUCCCGGGCAGCGGCAGAAUUAUAUCUGCCAAAGUGACCCAAGAGAGUGUGAAGUAUGACGCAAAUGCGAAGGAUGAUGCCAUGUGCAAUUACAAUGAACCUAUGGGUGUGAAGAUGGAGGUCAAGCCUGACAAGGUCACCAUCAGAUAUACAUACAGUGUCUCCUGGCAGGACAAGCACACUAGGUGGUCUUCACGCUGGGACUACAUUCUAGAGUCCAUGCCUCACAACAACAUCCAGUGGUUCAGCAUCAUGAACUCGCUGGUGAUUGUGCUGUUCCUGUCAGGCAUGGUGGCCAUGAUAAUGCUGGGGACUCACCACAAGGACAUCGCCAGAUACAACCAGAUUGAUAACUCUGAGGAGGCCCAGGAGGAGUAUGGCUGGAAGCUUGUGCACGGUGAUGCGUUCAGGCCUCCACGGCGGGGUAUGCUGCUGGCCAUACUCAACGGCAGCGGUUGUCAGAUCUUCUUCAUGGCACUCAUCACUCUUGUGUUUGCUUGCUUGGGUUUCCAGUCUCCUGCCAAACCCGGUGCUCUGAUAACCUGUUCCCUCGUGCUGUAUGUGUGUCUAGGGACACCGGCAGGAUACGUGUCCGCAAGGCUUUACAAAACAUUUGGAGGUGAAAAGUGGUUAUCCAAUGUGAUCCUCACAUCAUCCCUGUGCCCAGGAAUCGUGUUUACACUAUUCUUUAUUCUGAACCUGGUUCUGUGGAUCGAGGGUUCAAGCGCUGCCAUUCCCUUCACCACCCUACUGGAUCUGCUGGCACUCUGGUUUGGCAUCUCUGUCCCUCUCACCUUCAUUGGAGCAUACUUUGGCUUCAAGAAAACGCCAAUCGAGCAGCACCCAGUACAGACCAAUCAGAUCCAUCGACAGAUCCCAGAUCAAACCAUCUACACCAAGCCUAUCCCUGGCAUUGUCAUGGGCGGAGUUCUGCCAUUUGUAUGCAUCUUCAUACAGAUUUACUUCAUUCUAAACAGUAUCUGGUCCCAGCAGACGUACUACAUGUUUGGUUUCCUCUUCCUGGUGUUUGUUAUCCUCAUCAUCACCUGCUCAACGGCGACCAUACUGCUCUGCUAUUUCCAUCUCUGUGCUGAGGACUACCACUGGUGGUGGCGGUCGUUCCUUACAUCUGGUUUCACCUCGGUGUACUUCUUCAUCUACUGCAUCCACUACUACGUGUCCAAACUGGAGCUGGUCGGCCUCGCCUCCCCCAUCCUCUACUUUGGAUACAUGCUCAUUGUCGUGUUCCUCUUCUUUCUACUCACAGGAUCCAUUGGUUUCUUUGCCUGCUUCUGGUUUGUCAGCAAGAUCUACAGCGUGGUCAAGGUUGACCUAGAUUGAAAGGUCAACUAAUGAUUCAUCAAAGGUAAACAUUUUGGAAGUGAUCAAAGGCUAUCUGCUUUUGGGUGGAAAUAAAGAGAUUUUAUAAUAUAAAGUGACUUUGUUAUAAUCUCAUUAAAAUCAAUCAAUUAUGCAAAUAAUGAACAAUUGAAAAGUCCGCGUCGUGCUAAAACCUUGACAUUUUUCUCUAAAAUCAAAGUGCUUCCACCUACAAUUUUGAAACUUCAUAUGUACAAUGUAGUUUCACCUUGAUGAGCUCUACACGCCACACCAAUUUUUGGGUCUCUAGGUCAAAGAUCAAGGUCACUGUGACCUCUAAAAAUAAAAUCUGACAAGCUUUCGAAGCUGAACGUUGGCACCCGUAAUGCAGUGCUCUUGUUUUUAAAUUGAAGUUCAAGUGUGAAAUUCAAAUAGGUGUUUGUUAAACAAGAUGAUCCACGUUCUGAAAAAAACUGGGCUUUUUGUAUGUAAAGUGUUGUCCCAGAUUAGCCUGUGCAGUCCCACAUGCUAAUCAGGGACAACACUUUCCGCUUAAACUGGUGUUUUGUUUAGAAGAGAUUUUUUUCAAACAAACAAUUCCAUAAAAGCUGAAAAUCUUGUCCCUGAUUAGCCUGUGCAGAAUACACAUGCUUAUCUGGGUCAACACUUUACGCAUAUGCAUUAAGUCCAGUUUUUUAGAACGAGACUUAAUAUGAGCUUAUACAUUGGCAAGGACAGUAUAUGCUGUUGUUUUUUAAGUGUAAAUAUGCCUGAAGAUUAUGUUCAUGUAUUUAAUGUACAUACAUUUCUGUGUAUUGAGUACAUAUGAAACAUGCCUUUUUUGGUGCGAAAUGUCCUUGUAAAUCCAUUAUGUUGUUGUAAAUAUGUGCAUUACUAUGAAUUCGUUAUAUCAUUGGAAGACGUUAAACUUGUAAAAACAUGUUUAUUGUUAUGGGUUUGUGGGAGCUGUUUAACAUUUUCAAGUAUGAAAAAUAUAUCUUUUUUAAAUUGCAUUGUGGUAUGAUAUAACGUAUUGUUAUCUGAAGUUCUAUGUGAUCAUUAAAAAAUCAUGAUACUGCAUAUUGAACUUGACUUUUCUGGAACAAACAUAUCUAAAAAGUAAGUAACACAAUAUAACAAAGGUUGUAUAACAAAUGUUGCCAUCAUCUUAGUGUAAGUACUUUAUAAUUGCUUUAAGUUUGCACUGCAGAUAGUGUAUUUUUAUUUAUUAUUGCUUGCAAAAUAACCAUCUACAUGUACUGUCUUGAAGCAUAUUUUGUUGUUUAACUGAUGAUUAUUGGGAUAUGCACUAGCUUGAGUUAUGAUGCUUCAUCAACUAAAAGUGAUCUAUCUUUAAUUACAUAUUUCUACUUAAAUAAUAGUCAACACAUCCCCCCCCCCUCAUAUUUUGGUAUUCAAAUAUGCACGUUAACUCAAAUUAUCAUAAAAUAGACAGUUCCAGCUGAAAUAAAUAUACAUAUGUAAAGAUGUUGUAUAAAGCAAUAUCAGUUUGGCUCAUUAUUUCUUUUGUUGAGUGCAAUAUUAAAGAUAUAUUACAACUUCUAUAAUUACUUUCCAAAUAAAAUUUAUGUUCUCAGUUAUACCUUGUAUGUUGCAUUUCACAAUGUGGAACUUAUUAGCUCCAUUUAUGUACAGCUAUAGUUCACUGUGUAUUGUAUCAUUGUAUCAGCCUUGCGUACGCAUGUAGGCUAACAUACAUCUGUGUAUUGUGUUUUUUGUAAGUUAUACUGCUUGUUUUCUUGUCUUUAUGAAUGGUUAUGCUUGUUUGUUAUUUAAGUAAAUGGACAUUUGGUUGUUAUCAAAAUGUUGAAUAUAUAUAUAUCAUGAAAUAUGUACCGGUAUUGCACUUUGGUACCAUGACUGCAUGAUGUUACAUACAUUGUAUGUACAUGUAGUUAUCUGUUCAUGUCUUUUAAUGGAUGUGAGGUUUUAAUAAAGUUAUUUAUUUUUCGUUAAGAAUUUUGUUGUUUUUCUCUUACAAGAUCAUCCAUGUUAAAUCAUAUUUGGAACAAUUUUAUUUCACAUUUUUCUUAAACAAGUUAUCUUCUGAAUCAGAAGAAAAAUCAGCCAAUUUAAAAAUACCA